GCCCGAAAAGUGGCUUACGUAGCUAUACUACAAUUAUAUAACGCAUUCCCCCGUUUGUUAUGGCCAGUGGAAACUUUUCAAUUGUCGGAUUCGAUGCUUGCAUGUGACGAACUGACGCUGGAUAAUUAUAUAGCCGUCAAAAUAUUUUGGUAUGCUUCACAAAGCAAUAUUUUUGCAACGGUGCUUGUGUUCGGCGAGUCUCUAGGGUGGCAGAACUUGAAGCCCGUUUUUUUUACAUUGUGACGUUGCAUGCACCGGUUGUGUUCAUACGAAUUUCUAUGCGUGAAUUAAAAUCUGUAUUGACGAAAGAGCUUAAUCAUCUCUCUUGUGUGAAUGAGAAAUCCACCCCAGUAACCCCACCCUUGCCCCAAACAAUCUGACGGUAUUCAGGUAAUCACGUACACGGGAAACCUAGCUGAGGGUGGAGAGAGGGACAGGUGGUCGAGGGCGGCACGCUGUCACGACACCGAUUGAAGUAAAUCUACUUUUUAGCAGUUGCUCCAGCUUGACACGAACAUGACACGGCACCUGUGAGCAAACAGACAGAAUCCCUACAGCUUUAUUAUAGCCUAGCUAGGAGCCAUUCCUUCAACGUGGACGUAUAGACCACUGGAAUCAGAAAGCUCGCCAUGCCAUACGCGUAUGUCCUCUCGCUGUAACGUGAUAAAACAUUCCAUCAGCUCCGGUAGGAAAAAUAUCCACUGAUAUUCGAAGGAAAUAUAACAAUCUGGAAAUAUAGCCGGACUAAUUGGAAUAAAUCAUCAUCGUGCAAUCGGAAGUCAGCUCAGGGGACAACUGGGAAACAAUUUAUUGAGAACGUACGUGAGCGCACUGACCGCUGUAUGCACAACAUCGCGGCAAUUAGCGAUCCAAUCAUUCUACUAUCAUCAUCUUGACUUUAAGAAACAUGGCUUUACCACGAGCUUUUAGAAACAUAUCCUUGAUUCUCUUCGUGAUCGUGAUAAAGUGCCAAACCUCGACGACAAGGGCUAAUGACGACGACAACGAGGAUACUUCAGAAGAGUACAUUGAACCUCGAACUAGACGAUCUGGCUCAAGCUCGAGCGCCCUAUUCAGUACUGUGGCUACCAUGAGAGCUAGGUUGAGACCGCCAAGAGCACUUGAUAACACGAAUGACUUUAUAAAUAUAACGGUAUGUGGAUCAAACGGGGAGUACUAUGCCAAUUUACUAGAAAUGAUGGCAGCCAAAGCAUUCCUAAUGCAUGAUUCAUUUUGUGAUUUAGGUUGUGGCAAGCCUCAACCCGAUCCAUGUCCGAGCAGGAUGCCCGUUUGUACAGGUUCCGAAGGAAACUAUCGUGUCUAUGAAAAUGAAUGUGAGGUCUACAAAGUGAGAUGUGAUGGCCGGGAGCCAAUAAUCGACGCCGAUCCACGUAGCUGUCAACUAGAAAGUUGUGGAGAGCCUCAACCCAAUCCGUGUCCGAGGAGGGUACCGGUCUGUGCGGGUUACCCAGGAGACUAUCGUAUCUAUGAAGAUGAAUGCCAACUGAACGAGACAAGAUGUAGCAGACAAGGGAACGAUCUCGAGCCAAUACAUACGACCACGAUUGGUAAAUGUCAAAAAGAAGAUAAAAAUGCAACGCAGCUGACUUGUUAUGAAAUUCUCCGCGGCAAAUGCCCGCUUGGAACUAUCGGGCAGCAAGUUUGUGACGUCAAAGCAAAGCCCCGAAAAACCUAUAGGAAUAUUUGCAGAGCUUUACACAAGCGAUGUAAGAAGCAGGAUGAUACAUGCUAUCACGUAGACGUCUCUUGUAAAAGUUAUAAUGCUACAGAGAGCACUUACGGAACGAAUCCACCAAAGCAAGACUGCUCGAGAUUCAUCCGACAAAGCUUCCCCAUCCUGGAUGUAGGAAAACCUUGUUACAACUUGUCAGCAUCAAGGAGAAAUUGCACAUGUAAAGCCGAUGUUCCCGCUAUUCCUAAUUUUCCACCAAUACGGAGCCCAUCUGCUGUUAGUAUAGCAUAAUCAUGAUGUCUCGAUCUAAGACCAUUUAAGAACCAAAAGGCUUGAUGAAACUUGGAGUAUACAAUAAGUAUUCAUGUUAGCAUGGUGCAUCUGAGGAAAAUAAGAGUCUAUUCAACACCUGCUCAUCUUUAAUAAAAUUUGAUUACAUUGGAGAACAGAUGAUUUAUGAUGUUUAGGUUUAUUUUUACCUAACCUGACCGCUGAAAGGUCACUGCAUAAUAAUAACACCGGUAACUAGUGACCCUACGGCUUGCUUUAAGUCCUAUCCAAGGGGCCUGGAUAUUAAAGACUGAUGUCUUACGCAAGAGCGCUAUCGCAUCGAUUUGGUGUCGCAAUCGAGACCUCCUAUAGUUCUACUUUGUCAACUGAGUCAUCGCGCCUCCCUUUCUUCUGUGAGAGAAAAGCUAUACAGAGUCUAUUUUCUGAAAAGUUUUUCGCAUAUUAGGAGAGACUUGCAAUAGCAUUUUACCAGGUGUCUGUAUGCAGGGAGGUCACUGCUGUAUGUCACUCGACAACAUUAUAAUGUAUUAAUAAACUAUGAUGACUUCCCUCCAGCUGCUUAUUCUAAUACAUGGUGUAAAUGUUUCCUUCGUUCCAGUCGAUUUGGAUGCUGUGACGUAUUUUGAUUUUUUGUAAAAUUAUUUAUAGAAAACUUUAUAAUGGAUCCUGAAGUUUGGCAACAUGAAUCUAAAAUAGUUAGUUGCCAUAAUUAUAAACUAUUUGCCAUUACCAGUUUUGGUGAAAAUCAAUUUGUGGAAGCAGGGGCAUGACGUGAGCUUCAGAUUCUAUGAAAGACUAGAACUACGAGUGGCACAAGAAAACGUUAUUUCGUCGAAAUUGCAAUUGCAUAUCUUUGAAAUAUACAUAUCCUUGGAGUUUCAUAAAAAUAUUUAUACCUGCCAUAAUCUAUGCAUAAGAUAAAUCAGGAAUAUGUCUGUAUUUAUUUUAUUUAUCAUGGGGGAGGUGAGGGGAGGUUAAAGACGAAUAAUUAUUAUGCAGUUUCGGCGGGAAAGAAUUUCUCAACUUUUGCAAGACAAGUACAUGUGUACUAUCAUACUUUGUCGCAUGAAGGUGAUUAUGUUCCGGCUGUUUGUUUUGUUGUUUCUUGUUAUCAUUAACUAUAUUGUAUGGCAUUAUUGAAUUUAUGGGUGAGUAAACCUAGUAUUGACGUAAACAUUGCUUUAUGGGUUAUACAACUUUGUUAUACAAAUUGCCUAUAUGCCCAUGGUGAACUUUUCAUUAGUAUUAGGUCACGUAAUGAUAUUAGGGACUUUUAGAUUUGCACAACGACAACGUGGAUUGCUACGAUCGACGUCUUUUUAAUGCACUGCCUUGAAUGGACGUCACACGUAUCAGUCCACGCAAAUCUAAAAGUCCCUAUUGUAAUUUGUUACAAAAGCACAGUACCGCAGAAAAGUACAGAUGGUUCAGUAAUGAUGUGUGACUUAACGAUAUCCGCCGGAAGAUGAACGUUCGGUAACGUGUUUUUAGAACCCAAAUCGGUGUACCUAAUUUAUUAAUGUCACCAAUAUUACACCAUGAUCAGCAAUUAAAGUGUAUACAUACGCUAGUAUGAUAAGAUUUUCACCGUCUUCAAUCAGCCAAUGUAGGGGUGGAAGAUUUUGUCGGCAUCAUGUUGCUGUCGGAAAAUCGGAGCAAUGUAUUCUCGUUCGAUUUACCGGCACAUUAUUUAAUGUGUUAGUGAAUAUUUUCAGUAUUUAUAUAAUUAUACUAUAGUGAUGCGUUUCAUGUUAAUAAUCCUUGACUUCAUAGUCAUUGUGUUUUGUUUCAUACAUUUUUUAUGUAAUAAAAAUUAAUAUUCAUAAUUCCAUCAUCAUUAUUUUGAGCACGUCAUAAUUACCAAAUGAGAUGAUACCAUUAUGCGGCAUCCGGCGCCUGUUCGUGGUCAGUCCGGUUUGACCAGAAUGUCUUUUUUUCUAUUGCCUCUUCUGCAUGUUGAUGCCAUUUUGCCUCUUAAUGUUUAUUUCGAUUCUCUUUGUUUUCUUUAUUGGAGAUAGCUAUUGGGCAGAUAUUUGUGUACAUUGUACUUUCAAAAGUAUUUUUUAUGAUGAUGAUGGUCUAAUUAUAGUUGUAUUUUGUUCGACAGGGCUAAACCACUA